CCUUUCGCAGCAACUAUAAACUUGUACCUGAAAACCACAAGACAAAUCCCAUCUCAUCUACAUAUAAAAUGCCUUCUUACGUCAUUACUGGUGCCAAUCGAGGCCUUGGGUACGCCUUUGUGCAAACCGCCGCCAAAGACCCCCAGAACACCAUCAUUGGACUCGUUCGAAACAAAGUCGAAGCAGAUAAAAAGCUCGUUGCUGAUGGCUACAAGAAUGUCACCUUCCUCCAAGCCGACAUCACAGAUCGACCAGCCCUGCUAGCGGCACGGGAAGAAGCCAAGAAGAUCACUGGAGGUCGCUUGGACUAUCUCAUCAACAACGCAGCUCUUAUUGACAGCGAUGAGGGUAAAAUUCUCAAGGAUUAUGCUGAUGAAGGCGACGCCUUGGAGGAGAAGUUGCUCAGGACCAUCCGCACCAACACCGUCGGAUUGAUCAACACUAUCAACGCCUUCCUCCCUCUCUUACAGUCCGGCUCCAAGGUCUUGUUGAUCAGCACGGGCAUGGCUGACGCCGACUUGGUCAACUAUGGCGGAAUUGCCGAUGCUCCAGUCUACGCCAUUUCCAAGGCCGCUGCCAACAUGGUGAUUUACAAGUACAAUGCCACCUUCAAAUCCCAAGGCGUUCUGUUCUUCGCCGUCUCUCCGGGUGUCGUUGCUACCUGGGAGGAAGGCAAGGAACCACCUGCCAUCGAAAAUCUUCGUGCCACCGCACCCGGCUGGACAGGUCCUCUGACCCCUAUUGAAUCUGCAACCAAGGUUCUUGGGCUCUUGCAUGACUUUUCGCUGGAAAAGGGGAAUGGUGGCGCCUUUGUUUCUCACUAUGGAAACAAGCAAUGGAUGUAGACUGUUCAAGAUUUGAGACUAACUUUGGUCCUGCCUCCCGAC